AUGAAUGCUCUUCAGGGUUUUACCUUGCUGUGCACAGUGAUCAUCUGCAUGGAGCACGUUUGGACAAGGCCCAUGAACUGCCGGCUUCAGAGAGGACUGGUGGAGAACUGUCAAACUCUUCUGGAGAGUGUGGGGGGCAGAUUUCCUUUGCAGUGUCUUGAUGACAAUGUGUUGGUCCCUUUUCCUGAGGCUGCAUUUGAGUUUAACAGUUCUCAACAGGCUGUUGCUUUGGAAAAGUCAGUUUACUCAACACUGACGUACAUCUUCUCGGUGUUUGAUGAGGACGAAGUUCCUGAUCAGUGGAAGUCCCUGGAUGAUUUUCAGAACGUCGUUUUUCGCCAGAUCGAGGAAUACCAAUGUAUUAUGAGCAAAACGCAGGACUCACUGGAUGACUUUCUUAUGAGAGAUAAUGCCCUCAAGGAGUACUUUGGCAAAAUACAGACGAUUUUAAAAGACAAGGAUUUUCAAUAUUGCGGAUGGGAAUUUGUGAGAAAAGAAGUUUUAAAAACAUUACAGUUCAUACUGCAGAAAAACUUGGAUGGCACAGUCUGGUCCAGAUGA